GGUGGAUUCGGGGCUGGAUGCAACAGGGAGUUUGCAGAGCGAGCAGAGCAGAAGCUUUGGCAACAGGAUGCGAUUAAAGAUAAGCCGUAAUUGGCUGCUGCUCGGCCCCGGGCUCAGCACUGAACCAUGAAAAACAAAAUCAGAAAUCUGAUUAAAAGCAGAAUUGAAAGUGGUGCGACGAGGGUGAGCGCUGCGCGUCGGCACGCGCGAAAAUGAGAGUGCUGAAUGAAAAGGAGGAAGGGGAACAGACUGAGUAGAAAACGAAAGCUGCUCUGUCAUUAUUGUCAUCACCAUGGAUGAAGAUAACCCUGCCGAGAGCUUCCAGGACGAGGCCUCCUGCUCCCUCUGCUUGGGCUUCUUCCAAGAUCCCGUCUCCAUCCACUGCGGGCACAAUUUCUGCCGGGCAUGCAUCACCCGCUGCUGGGAGGAAGAGGAGGAAACCUUCCCCUGCCCUCGCUGCAAGGCGACGGCCACGCAGAGAAACCUGCGACCCAACCGCGAGUUGGCCAAGAUCAUCGAGAUCGCCAAAAGGCUGAGCCUGAGGGCCCCCAACGCCGGUGAGCGGCUGUGCGAGAGGCACCGGGAGGCCCUGAAGCUGUUCUGCGAGGAGGACCAGGUGCCCAUCUGCCUGGUGUGCAGGGAGUCCCACGCGCACCGCCUCCACGCCGCCGUCCCCAUUGAGGAGGCGGCGGAGGAGCACAAGGAGAAAAUCCAGGCUCACGUGCAGAUCCUGAAGGAAAAGGAGGAAAAACUGCAGGGGCUGAAAGCGGCUGAGGAAGGGAAGAGCCUGGAAUUCCUCGAAAAGGUCGAACAGGAGAGGCAGAAGGUGUUGUCUGACAUCAAGGAGCUGCACCAGUUCGUGGAGCAACAGGAGCGUCUCCUCUUGGGGCAGCUGGAGCAGCUGGACCAGGAAAUAGUGAGGAGAAAAGAGGAGAACGUGGCCAAGCUCCUGGAGGAGAUUUCCUCCGUCAGCGAGCAGAUCCGCGAGCUGGAGGAGAAAUGCCAGCAGCCACCAUGCGAAUUCCUACAGGACAGCGGGAACAUCUUGAGCAGGCUGGAGAAAGAGAAAUCCCAGGAGGUGCCAGAGAUAUGGCCUGAAGUAGAAGAAAACCCCACCAGACCUCCUCAGAGAAACACCGCCCUCAAGGAGACGUUGAUGCAAUUUCGAGAAAGUCUGACGUUGGAUCCCGACACGGCGCAUCCCCGGUUGGUCCUGUCCGAAGACCACAAAUGCGUGCGAUGGGAAGAGACCCGCCACCCCGUCCCCGAUAACCCCAAACGCUUCGAUUCGUCCCGUUGUGUUCUGGGCUGCGAGGGGUUCAUUGCGGGGCGGCACUACUGGGAGGUGGAGGUGGGCGAUGGGGAAGCGUGGGCCGUUGGCGUGGCCAAGGAGUCGGUGGAGAGGAAGGGACGGAUCAGCGUCAAACCCGAGGUGGGGAUUUGGGCAGUGGGGCAAUGUGGGGCUCAGUAUCAGGCUCUCACCUCGCCCACCAGCCCCAUCACGCUGCUCGCUGCCCCCAAAGUGAUCGGGAUUUACCUGGAUUACGAGGCUGGGCGAGUGGCGUUUUUCGAUGCCAACAACGAGGUGCCCAUUUUCACGUACCCUCCCACAUCUUUUGGAGGGGAGCGGGUCCUCCCACUGCUCUGCCUGGGGAGGGGCUGCCGCUUCACGCUGUCCCCAUGAGACCCCGUGGGGCAGUAACACCUUGAGCAUCGCUCACUCAGAUCUGGGGAAGCCAAGGGGUCUCCUCACCCCAAAUCUGGGGACACCUCAUGGUCUUAUCACCCCAAAUCUGGGGACAAUAUGGUUUCAUCACCACAAAUGUGAGUUGACCUCAUGGUUUCAUCAUCCCAAAUCUGGGGUCACCCCAUAGGUGUCUUUUGGGGACAUCACCCCAGAAAAGUCCUUUUGGACAUGUCCUCAAAGAUGACUUUUUGGACAUAACCACAGAGAUGGCUUUUGGUUCGCGACCCCAGAAAUGUUAUCCACUGAAUCCUGAUUAAAAACUACAGAAAUAAUAAUAAAUUACCUCUUUCACGGAAA